GGAAGAAUGGAGUUUCCAGACCAUAGCCGCCAGUUGCUGCAGUGUCUGAGUCAGCAGCGUCACCAGGGCUUCCUGUGUGACUGUACUGUUUUAGUUGGAGAAGCUCAAUUCAGGGCUCACAGAGCCGUUCUUGCCUCUUGCAGUAUGUACUUCCAUCUUUUCUACAGGGACCAGUUAGACAAAAGGGAUAUUGUGCAUCUGAACAGUGACAUUGUCACAGCCCCUGCCUUCAGCCUGCUGCUCGAAUUCAUGUACGAGGGAAAGCUGGAAUUCAACAGCCUCCCGGUCGAAGAUGUGCUGGCUGCGGCUAGCUACCUUCACAUGUAUGACAUUGUGAAAGUCUGCAAGGGCAAGUUGAAAGAUAAAGAAUUAUGCCCGGACGAGAAGAUGAACGACGAGGUGGCCGCUUUGGAGAAAGCGGAGCAUUUCCUAGAUGCCGGAGCGCCCCUGGUGCGCGAGUUCGACCCGGGAAGCAAACAGAAAUUCGGCGCCGCAGAAUACGAUAGAGCGGCGGGCAAAGAAAAGGUCGGCAGUCACCCCGGCUGGUCCUGCGAUCAGCUAAGUGUCAGCUCUGUGCCGACAGAGGCAGAACCGUGCGCCGCAGCAGCUGGAAAAACAAAGGCUAAUGUCAAUAGUUCCGCAGGACCUUUGUCCCAAAGGUCUGUUAACCAUAGCCUGGCUCCGAGCGAUGUGGACUGCGCUCUGGAUUUGUCUUUCAAGCCCGUGCCUGGGAGAGAUUCCUUACACCCCUCCUAUGUCUUUGGACAGCUGGCUUCCGACAGCCAGCAGCAGGGUACCGAGCCACUUGUUAAAGAUGAACAAGACUUGCUGUCAGAUCAGGAGGACGGCGAAGCCAGGAGUCCGGAGAGUCAGCAUUUUGGGAAUUCAGCCAGAAGCCUGGUGACAGGGUUAGGACACAUGUUCGCGGGGAAUGGCAGCUCUCACGCGCGGGAGGAGGAUCUAGAUCAAGAGCGAGACGAGAGCGAGGACGACAUGGAUUCGUCGGACAUCUCCUCCUCAGGUGUGCUCGUGCCUCCGGGCCAUAUCUGCAUUUGUCCCCUCUGCAGCAAAGUGUUCCCGAGCCCGCACAUCCUGCAGCUGCACCUGAGCUCCCACUUCCGCGAUAAGGACGGCUCCCGGACCAGGCUGUCGCCGGACGGCUCGGUGCCCACUUGCACGCUCUGCGGAAAGACUUUUUCCUGCAUGUAUACCUUAAAGAGACACGAAAGGACCCACUCGGGCGAGAAGCCCUACACCUGCGGCCAGUGUGGGAAGAGCUUCCAGUACUCCCACAACCUCAGCCGGCACGCGGUGGUGCACACCAGGGAGAAGCCCCACGGCUGCAAGUGGUGUGAGAGACGGUUUACACAGUCCGGGGAUUUAUACAGACAUAUCCGAAAAUUUCAUUGUGGCCUUGUAAAGUCCUUGGUUGUCUGAGAUGCAUUCUUAUUAACUCGUCUCUUAUUCUCAUUUUCCCCCCGCCCCCUUUAAAACAAAACAGGAAAAAAAGGCAGCGUUUCUUUUUCCCCGCUCCCUCUCCCCCCUCUUCUUUUUUCCUUCCUUUUAUUUUGGUGAUAUUCACUUCAGAGGUAUGAUCUUUAAAAGAUGCAGAGGUAUACACUCCAGAGGCCUUUUAAUGCAAUCCUUCCACCUUUCCACCUCCCCCGCCUUUCCCCUGCCUUCUUUCCGUUCCUUUAGGUCUUUUCUUGUGCCCCCGUGUUACAUUAUUAAUGUGAAAUGAUCUAAGUAAUUCUGCAAUGAUUUAGUUUCUGUUUUCAUGCUGGAACUACUUGCUUUGUGGUCAUUUUUUUUUUGGGGUAGUUUGGAAAAAAGAUUGAUGACAAGUAAAUCCUGGAGAAAUACUUGGAUUCCAUUAAGCUCCCCUAGUGCCAUCUGCAUAUUGCAUACAAACAUUCAAAGAGAUGAGCUAUAAUUUAAAUACAUUUCAGUGUUGAGAAACUUGUCUGCAUAACGCAGAGUAACAGGCUGUACUCUUUAUUUUAUAAAACUAGAAGAGAUCUUAAGUUGGCCCAAAUUACAAAGGGGGUUGAGAAUUCCUGGAUAAGUCUUUGGUACUGGUCUUUUUCUUUUGUUCUUCUUUUUUUUAAUCUUUUUUUUUAUAUUGGAAUAGCUUGUGAUCGGUCCUAAGAUCUGAAUGAAAGGUUUUUGCCUGAAGAUGAAUUUUCCAUCUGAGCGUACUUAAAUUUUCCUCUCCCACCUAUCCUCCUCCACAGAAUAACCUAUGAAAAAGCUCUGAGCUGCUUUUGAACUUCAAAUGUGGAUAGAAAAAGGAAAAAAAAGCUGUCCGUGGUGUAUUCACUCCUUAAAUGUUGAAGGAUGUGUGCUAGUAUGUAGGAAAAAUUGUAUGAUCUGUGACUAUUUUUGUUACCGCACCAACAUGACGGGGACUAAUCCCGUUUGCAUCGGAAAAAUUGCUGUAGUGAGUCAACGUGUGACGGGGUGUGAGACGGGCGCCGGGGCGCGUGGAAACGGGAUGUGACCGCAGCGCAGGCGCCGCUGGGGGAAGCGGACGGGAUGCGCAGCCGUUCGGGAGCUGAUGCGGUUCCUUCCGAGGAAGCGCCUCAGCACUGCAGUACCUGGUUAAUCGAUGGGUUUUCUUUUCCUUUUCUUUUUUCUCUCUCUCUCUCUUUUUUUUAAUCAGGCUAUUGGGAUUUGUGAGUUCAAGGUAAUUAAUACCGAGUAGGUUAGGAGAUGCGCUGCUAUCUCAUUUGAAAAGUUUGCUGCUAUGCUAAAACCAACAGCUCACAAUUUUAUACUUUUUUUUUUAUUAUUACUUCUUUUUCCCCUGAAGUUGGAGAUCCCUCUGGGCCAAGUUCAGCGCGCUCCCCGUUAUUUCUAAGGGGAUGCGUGAGGAUAAACUGCUUGGGGAGAACUUGGCCCGGCCGGCCUUCCCUGGCCGGAUUGCUCACCAGCUUUUCAGACCUUCCCACCUCCCUCCCUUUCUCUUCCUCUCCUCUUUUUUUCCAUUUCUUUCUCUUUUUCAUUCCCUCCCCACCGUCCCUGAGGCUGCCUGCAGCUGUAGCUAGUUUCGUCUCAGCUGCCCAGAGCUGCAUCUCCGGGGCUGCGCCCGGCGCUGAGCGUCAGACUCUUCCUUUCCGGGCAGGUUCUCAGUUCAAGGUACCUACGCGCGGGACGGAGCUCCGGUCAUAAUAUCGGAGGGGUCUGGAUGUCGCUGCGCUGGGCUAGCAUUAGCGUUACUUCACCAGCUUCCCUGACACUCCUGGAAUAGUUUCUUAAAACACAUGCCUUUAUUUUUAAAUGAAUGUGAAGCACUGAAUUAAAUUCUCUUUCAGUUGUGCUUAAAAUACUGCGUUUCAUCUUAAGAAAAAGUUGUCCAAUGCCUUCCCCCUCUGGUCCAAAAACUGAGCACUACCUACAUAAAUAACAUGGGCUUUUUUCCGCCCACCUCCAAGUACUUCCUCUUAAAAAAAAAAAAAAAAAAUCAGGAUAUACUUGUUACAGCCUUCUCUUACUAUUCAUCUCUUAAACUAUGAAUGUACAUGUAAUGUGAAUUUUUACUUUUAUUUAUAGUUUUGUUUUUUUUUUUUAGUUUAAUUUCUCUACUGUAAAAUAUUUUUUGCUGAACCUGUUACAUAUGAAAGUCGUGGGAGAGUACUGUAUCUUGAACAUAAGUGGCUUUGGUACUGUGGUCUUAUUCUACUUAAUCACUUUUUUUUUUCCUCUUUCUUUUUGCUGUGAUUGGAAAUAGCACUGAACAAAAUCUACUAAAAUUAAGUUAUUUUUCUUUCUACUAAAAUUAAGUUAUUUUUUUUUCUCCUGAAGAUACUUGAUAUAGUAUUUAUUAGAUUUUUUUUUGAAGUGGAAUUAUUACUGUUAAUCUAUUUCAAAACUAGUUAAUUUACACUUCACUUUAUAGCAAUGGUUUUGUAUGUUGAACAACAUGUAAACAAUUUAAUGUAGAGUCAGGCGUUACUGAAGCUGGUAAUUUUUUAAUUUUGCAUUCUUGUGACAUUUCUUUUGCAUUUCAGUCUUCAGUUACUUUUUUUUAAGAAGGUCAUAAAAUAGGAUGUGCCAUAAGACAUCCAUAGUAUAUGGAGCAGGGAAAAGUUUAAACAAGUUUGUGUCUGAUACUAGUAUAGAAAUAAUUCAUUAAACUGAUGCUAUGAGCAUGCUCUGUACUGCAGUGAAUAUGGGGCAAAAGUAAGAAAAAUCUUCUUCGUUAUUUUCUACAUCAUAAACGCACUGUUCUCUUUUCAUAGUCUGGUAUUUGUGUUCCCACUCCUCAUAGCUUGAAUUUCUAAAGUAAAGAUGUUUGCACUUAUUUUUGUUCUUAAGGUGACUUUUUUUUGGCUAUCUCUCUGUGUGUAUGUCUCUAUUUUUAAGUUGCAAUAGCUCUGAGCAUGUUUUCAAAAUGGUUCAUGACUCUACAGAGAAGUACUAAAAACAUUGCACACUUAAGCUUGUCUUUUCAUAAACUAUUUCACUGUGGGGCAGUUACUGUCUCUGUAGGGGAUAGUCCUGCUCUGCAUUUUAAACACUGGAUUUGUCUUCGACUACAAACAAAUACUGUGAAGUUAAUGUAAAAAAAAAUCAUUGAUAUUUUUAAUUGUUUUUAAUCUUGGUGCAGUUCAGAUUAAAUAUGUAUAUUUAAAGACACUAAUUUUUGUGGGAGAGUUUUAUAGUAUACAGUAUGUAGAAAAGCUAUUGGAAUGGAAUAUAUUUUAUAAAAAUGUUCUAUCACUGUUUUAUAGUGAACUAUUUUUUUCUUCAGUGUUAGUGUAAUACUGUUAGUCUAGAUACGACAAUCGCAGAGAGAGUGAUUUUAAGCUGUUGUUAGCGCUUAGUUUUGCGUGGAGUUCUGUUUGCAAUUGUAUCGGUAUGUGCUGUAAAACGUGACAAUCGUGCCUAGGAUUGUUGUCUUUAUAAAUUUACACAAAAUAAAACGUGCUAGAGUUGUAAA